AUGGAGCCUGAGGACUUGCCUUGGCCGGGCGAGCUGGAGGAGGAGGAGGAGGAAAAAGAGGAGGAGGAGCCGGAGGAGGAGGACGAGGUCGUGAUGGUAGAGGAGGUGGAGGGUGAGGAAGAGCUCGAGUUGGACACCGACUUUAAUUACGAGUCACAGCGUCGGGAGAGCUCGGACGGAGAGGAGGAUGAGGACGAGGAAGCCAAGGCUUGGCUGCAGGCUCCCCCCGCCCCAGCCUUGACCCCAUGGCGCCACUACUCGGAGGGAGAGAGGGCGAGCGCAGAGAAGGUUGUUCCAUUGGCCUGUCAUGUAUGGCAGCAGUCACUAUAUCAAAGCAAUAAUAGAACACAGAUUUCCAAUACUAAUACGGUCUCUUUGGAAACAACUCAGUGGGGAUCUGGAGAUGACCAGAAAACGGAAUCUUGGCAUUGUCUUCCUCAAGAAAUGGACUUUUCUCAAACAUUGGAUACAUCCCAGACCAGGUUUAAUGUGAGAGAGGAAGGGGCUGAAGUAACAGACUUCCCCUCUCUGGAGGAAGGUGUAUUGACCCAAUCAGAAAAUCAAGUAAAGGAACACAACAGAGAUUUCUUAUGUUCUCCAUUGAUAGUCAUACAAGACAGCUUUGUUUCUCCUGAUUUGCCUUUGCUGACUUGCCUGACACAGGAUCAAGAGUUUGGACCUGAUUCCCUAUUUCACCAAAGUGAACUAGAUUUUGCACCUCUGAGGGGAAUUCCUGAUAGGUCUGAAGACACUGAAUUGUUUUCUCGACCAUCAGAAGUUAGUGAAGCUUUGUUCCAGGCAACCUCAGAAGCAGCUUCAGACUUAGUUAACAGCUGCUUUAGUGUAUCUCAGCACCCUCUUAUAGGUGGUACAGUUGUAGAGUCUCCGCACUCUCUUCUACUUCCUCAACAAGAGAAUGAUGAAGAGGCCAUUUCAUCUGAUACAGCUGAUGAACUGAAAACCCCCAAAGAGUCAGAGAGUUAUGAUGUUCUUUGUUCAUAUAUGUCAUUGAAGACACAAGAAGUUGUGCAGCAGCCAGAAACCAGUUUAGCUGAUAAAGAUCAAGUUUCUUUUUCAAGUUCAUCUGAUAUAAGUGAUGAAAACAUAACUACCCAAGGAAGUGAUAUCUUUGAUGCUUCUUGUUCAUAUAUGCAGUGUGGGAAACAGGAAGCUUUUCAGCCAACAGAAACAUGUUUCAACAAUAUGGACCAUGAUUCCUUUUCAGAUUCAUCUGAUACAAUUGAUGAAAAUGAAAUUUCCAAAGAAACUGAGAAUGAGGCGAAACAAAAACUGGAUUAUUUGGAGGGUCAUGAGAAAAGUGAAGAUCAGGAGGAAGAAUUAUCUCAACAUUUUGAACAAAAGGUGACUAGAAAUAACUUACUAUCUUCAGAGAUACAGCAUACUGGGAAUGUUGUUGUUCCUGAUAAUUCUGUAAAAGUUUCAGAAACAUAUAUACUCUCCAAGGAAUAUACCUCUGAAAUAGAAGUUUCUGGUGGUCCUGUUCAGACUGUUAAAUCCAACUUGGGUGAGAUAACAGAGCAACAGUAUAUUCAAGAGCUAAAAAUCCAAAAGGAAACCUCUACUUUUGGUGGAAAAAGUGUUGAUGCCACUGAAAAUGUAGCCUUUGAAGCUGUUAUUGCCUCUAUUGAGCCAUCAAAGAAAGAGAAUACAAUAAAUGAAAUCCAAACUGAUAUCAAUAAAUUUUUAACAAAAGACAGCCAAGAAAGAAAACCAAAAAAUCUUUCCCUAUCAAUUUAUAAUAAUGAAAAAUCUUUACUCGAUCAGCUUAGUCAUCCACGCUAUCAGUCCACUCCUGGAGUAUUUGAACCAGCAGCUUCAGAACCAUUGUUGCAUAGAAAAGGUGUUGAUGAUAGUUCCCUGUACUGGAAUCUUGAUUCACAAUCACACUCUAAUGCUCCUCAGGAAAUGCUCACUCCAGAGUUUAAGUCAUCUCCUUUUAGUGAAAAAUCUUUUCACAAACAGACUGUUGGUGUUGACAAAACACAGCCAGCUUUAAUUCAGGUUGACAUUGGCAAUGAACCAUUUCUUCCCAUUGACAAGAUAAAGUCUGUUCCUGCUCUUGAUCUUGCAGAGAAGAUAGAAUAUUCAACCACUGAUCCAAUGAAAGUAUCAACUUCAGAUUCUUUGGUUUUACAAGGAUUAAAGGAACAAAGCUCUAAAGAAGUUGCAGAUUCAUCAAACUAUAUUUUGGGUAAGGAUGUAAACUCUAGUAACUUUAUUGCCAAUCAUUCUGCAGGUGUGGGAAGCAGCUAUUCAGCAAACUUGGUGACAAGUCAUGAAAAAUCACAAGAUCGCCUACUGGGGAAGGCUGAGUCUGACAUCAUUAUUCGGGAUAAAGAUACUGAAUGCCGUAUGCAUGAUGAGCAUACAGUUGUGGCCAAUGAAGGAGUUGCUAAACUACUGAAAGAGGCAUGUGACCAAAGUGACUUGACUGUUGAGUACAUUGAACUAGUAGCUGUAGAAAAAUUGUUUGAUAAUCUAGAGAUUUAUAGGGUAGGUCACUCUAAUUUGGACAUUAAUCGGUCUUUUCCAUCUACAUUACCUCCAUUUGUUACUCAUGGAGCAGCCAGAGAGCCAGCAUAUCACUCAUCAGAUCUCAGAAUGUUGAGAGUGUCUCCUGAGACUGUGCCAAAGACUCUCAGACAUUUAGCAGGGCAUACUACUGAAGGAGGUACAGCUGAAAUUACUCAAACCAACUUAAGAUCAGAUGUCACUACCACUUCUGGAGAUUCAGACAUUAGAUCUAAUUUACCCUUGCAUACUGAGGCCUUGCCUCAGUUGACUGUAAGGUCCCCUCAACAGAAGACUAUUGAUAAACAUACUGAUAUUUUCCACCAACAGACUUUGCCAGAUAGUCAUCUGAGUGAACAACAGACUUUGGAAGUUUCAGCUAUAUCUGCACUGGCAAACCAAAAGAUGGGGAUGCCAACAGUACCGUCCAGUUUCCACUCAUACAGAGAGAAGCUUAGUACUUUGUAUCAGCAAGAGUUGCCAAACAAUCAACUAACUGAAGAAUCUCUGGAAGUUUUAACUGCUCCUGGACCAGCUGAGCAGAAUACUGAUAUGGCAAGGGUAACCCCUAGUUCCUACUCACAUAGCAAGAAGCCCAGUAUAUUUUAUAAACAGGCAUUGCCAGACAGUCAUCUAACUGAAGAAACUCUGACACUUCUAGCUGUUCCUGGACCAGCCACCCAGAGGACUGGUAUACAAACAGUGCCCUCUGGUUACUACUCACGUAAAGAGAGACCUGAUAUCUUCUACCAACAGACACUACUAGCUAGUGAUUUAACAAAAGAGACUCUCAAAAGUUCAUCUGUUCCUGACCAGCUGAACCAAAAUACUGGGAUGACAAUAAUAUCCCCUAGUUCCUACUCACACAGAGAGAAGCCUAAUACUCUCUACCAACAGGUGUUACCAGAUAGUCAUCUAAUUGAACAGGCUCUGAGAAGUUCACUUGGUCUUGGCAUGCCAGCUGUCCAGAUGACUGAGAUACCCUCUGUCUCCUAUCCACAGAGAGAAGAGCCUAGUGUUUUCUAUCAACAAGUGUUGCCAGAUAAUCAUGUAACUGAAGAGGCUCUGAGAGGAUCACCUGUUCCUGGACAACCUGACCAGAAGUCUGGGAUACCAGCAGUACCUUCUAGUUCUCACUCACACAGAGGGAAAUCCGGUGCUUUCUACCAACAGGUGUUACCAGAUAGUCAUGUAACUGAACAGGCUCUGAGAAGUUCACCUGUUUCUGGCACACUACCAGCUGCCCAGAAGAUUGAGAUACCAAUAGUGUCCUCUAGUUCCUACCAACAGGAGUUACCAGAUACUCAUGUAACUGAAGAGGCUCUGAAACAUUCAGCUGUUCCUGGACAACCUGACCAGAAGACUGAGAUACCAUCAUUACCCUCUAGUUCCCACUCACAGAGAGAGAAGCCUGGUGUUUUCUAUCAGCAGUCAUUAGUAGAGAGUCAUGUAACUGAAGAGACUCUGAAACAUUCAGCUGUUCCUGGACGACCUGACCAGAAGACAGGGAUACCAACAUUACCCGCUAGUUCCCACUCACAUAGAGAAAAGCCUGGUACUUCCUACCAACAGGCAUUACCAGAUACUCAUCUAACUGAACAGGCUUUGAGAAGUUCAGCUGUUUUUAGACAAUCUGACCAGAAGACUGGGGUAUCAGCAUUACCCCCUAGUUCCCAUAAACAGAGAGAGAAGCCUGGUGUUUUCUAUCAACAGUCAUUGGCAGAUAGUCAUGUAACUGAAGAGGCUCUGAAAAGUUCAGUUGUUCCUGGACGACCUGACCAGAAGACUGGUAUACCAACAUUACCCUCUAGUUCCCACUCACAGAGAGAGAAGCCCAGUACUUUCUACCAGCAGGAGUUGCCAGACAGUCAUUUAACUGAAUGGGCUCUGAGAAGUUCAGCUGUUUUAAGACAACCUGACCAGGAGAUUGGGAUAUCAACAUUACCCCCUAGUUCCCACGCACAGAGAGAAAAGCCUGGUACUUUCUACCAACAGGAAUUGCCAGAUAGUCAUGUAACUGAAAAGGCUCUGAAAAGUUUGGCUGUUCCUGGACAACCUGACCAGAAAACUGGGAUACCAACAGUACUCUCUAGUUCCCACUCACAGAGAGAGAAGCCGGGUGUUUUCUACCAACAGGAGUUGCAAGAUAGUCAUGUAACUGAACAGGCUCUGAGAAGUUCACCUGUUCCUGGACAACCUGACCAGAAGACUGGGAUACCAGGAGUCCCCUCUAGUUCACACUCACAGAGAGAAAAGCCCGGUGCUUUCUACCAACAGGAAUUGACAGAUAGUCACAUAAGUGAAGAGGCUCUUAAAGGUUCAGCUGUUCCUGGACAACCUGACCAGAAAACUGGGAUACCAACAUUACCCUCUAGUUCCCACUCACAUAGAGAAAAGCCUGGUACUUCCUACCAACAGGCAUUACCAGAUAGUCAUCUAACUGAACAGGCUCUGAGAAGUUCACCUGUUCCUGGACCAACUGCCCAGAAGACUGAGAUAUCAGCAGUGUCCUCUAGUUCCUAUCAACAGAGAGAGAAGCCUGGUGUUUUCUACCAACAGACAUUGAUAGAUAGUCAUCUAACUGAAGAGUCUCUGAAAGGUACAGCUGUUCCUGGACAACCUGACCAGAAGACUGAGAUACCAACAUUACCCUCUAGUUCCCAUGCACAGAGAGAGAAACCUGGUACUUUCUAUGAACAGACGUUACCAGUUGGUCAUCUCCCUGAACAGACUCUGAGAAGUUCACCUGUUUCUGGCAUACCUGUUGCCCAGAAAGCUGAGAUACCAACAGUGUCUUCUAGUUUCUACUCACAGAGAGAGAAGCCUGGUAUUUUCUACCAGCAGACAUUAUCAGAUAGUCAUCUAACUGAAGAGACUCUGAAAGUUUUACCUGUUCCUGAACCGGCUGGCCAGAAGAUUAGGAUAACAACAGUACCCUCUAGUUCAUACUCACAGAUAGAGGAGUCUGAUAUUUUCUACCAGCAGGAGUUGCUAGAUAGUCGUCUAACUGAAGAGACUCUGAAAAGUUCACCUGUUAAUGAAAUAGCUGACCAAAAGACUGGAUUACAAAGAGUAUCCUCUAGUUCUUACCUACAGAGAGAGAAACCUGGUAUUUUCUACCAACAGGCAUUGCCAGACAGUCAUCUAACUGAGGAAGCUGUGAAAGUUUCACCCAUUCUUGGGCCAGCUGCCCAGAAGACUGGGAUACCAACAGUAUCCUCUAAUUCUUACUCACAUAAAGAGAAGCCCAGUAGUACUCUGUACCAGCAGGAGUUGCCAGAUCAUCAUCUUACUGAGAAGCCUCUGGAAGUUUUAACUGUUGUUAGAUCAGCUGACAAGAAGACUGGGAUACCAACAGAGUCCUCUAGUUCCUAUUCACAUAGAGAAAAGUCUGUUAUAUUCUAUCAACAGGAGUUGCCAGACAGUGAUCUGAGUGAAGAGACUGUGAAAGUUUUGGCUGUUCCUGGAUCAGCUGACCAAAAGUCUGGAAUACCAACUGUACCCUCUAGUUUCUACUCACAGAAAGAGACAUCUGGUAUAUUCUACAAACCAGUGUUGCCAGGUAGUCAUCUAACUGAAGAGUCUCUGAAAAGUUCAGAUGAACCUGGACCAGCUGACCAGAAUAUUGGGAUACCAGCAGUACUGUCUACUUCUUACUUACCUAGAGAGAAGCUCAGUACUUUCUACCAACAGAAUUUUCCAGACAGUCAUCUAACUGAAGAGGCUCCGAAGGUUUCAACUGUUCCUGGGACAGCUGGGCAGAAAACUGACUUAGUAAUAGUUCCUGCUAGUUCCUACUCGCCUAGUGUGAAGCUCAAGAUUUCAGCUGUUGUUAGAUCAGAUGACCAGAAGACUGAGUCACCAACAGCUCCUGCCAGUUCUAACUUAGAUAGAGAGAAGCCCAAGAUUUCAACUGUGAUUGGACCAGAUGAGCAGAAGACUCCAUUACUGACAGUUUUCUCUAGCUCCUGUUCUCAAAGAGUAAAGCCUCAUAUUAAUUCUCAACAUGAGUUGCUGGAUAGACAUCAACAUGAAGAUGAUCUGAAACUUUCAGCUGUCGUUGAACCAACUGAUGGGAAUCCUGAGAUAGCAGUACCUCUUGCUAGUUCCUCUUCACAGACAGAGAAAUCUGAUAUUUUCUACCCACCAGAAUUGUCAGACAGACCUCUAACUGAUGAUACUUUGAAGGUUUCAACAAUUCCUGGAUCAGCUGACAAGGAAACUGUGUUACCAGCAGUUCCUCCUACUUCCAUUUCACACAGAGAAAAGCCUAAUGUUGUCUCUGAUCAGAAUUUACCAGAUGAACAUGUAACUGAAGAUACCCUGAAGGUCCCAAGUGUUCUUGGACAAGUUGAACAGAUUACUGUGUUACCAACAGUUCCCCCUGGUACUUAUUUACAUGGUGAAAAGCACAAAUUUGUUUCAGAAUGUACCCAAGGGUUAAAGGAUAAUUUUGAUUCCUCUGAUCCCAAUCCUAACUCAAAGAAUACACCUAUAAAUUCUCAGGCUGGGGAUAGAGUUGUAAUACAUAAGCCAGAAACUUCAGCUUUUGGAGAUUUGAGCUCAGAGGAAAACCACAAUACCGACAGUGGUUCUAAAACUCUUAAAGAAAUUCAGACCCUUUUAAUGGAGGCAGAAAAUAUAGCACUGAGACGAUGCAAUGUUCCUGCUCCCCUUAUCCCUUUCAGAGAUGCUAGUGAUAUUUCACGUAUACGAUCGAAGAAGGUGGUUUGCUUCAAAGAACCCUCCACAGCUAAUAAAUGUAAUGGUGACUUGCUUCAGAAACAGACAUUAACAGAGAAAAACCCAAGUAGCAGAUGCGUACAGAAGGAUAUUAGCACACAGACAAAUCUAAAAUGCCAGGGAGGCAUUGAAAAUUGGGAGUUUAUUAGUUCAACAACAGUUAGAAGUCCUCUACAGGAAGUAGAAAGCAAAGCCAGACUAGCAUUAGAAACUCUUAAGCAAUAUGAAACAGCCAAAUCGGUAAUGAGGUCUGAGCCUGAAGGGUGUAGUGGGACCAUUGGGAAUAAAAUUGUUAUCCCUGUCCCUGUGAUGGCUAUCGUAAAAAGUGAUUCAAGUAGUGACACAAGUGAUGGACAUUGUUCCUGCUCAUGGGACAGUCGUUUACCAGAGUCUUUGGAGUCAGUGUCGGAUGUUCUUCGAAACUUCUUUCCAGAUGCUUCACCCAAUACUAGCUUGAUAGAUAGCAGAGAUGAGGAAGGUGUGUCAGAGAGUGAUGAUGGUGGUAGCAGCAGUGUAGAUUCACUGGCUGCACAUGUGAAAAACCUCCUGAAAUGUGAAUCCUCAUUGAAUCAUGCUAAAGAAAUAUUGAGAAACGCAGAGGAAGAGGAAUCUCGGGUGAGAGCACGGGCCUGGAAUCUGAAGUUUAACUUGGCUCACGAGUGUGGAUACUCCAUUUCAGAAUUAAAUGAAGAUGACAGGAGAAAAGUAGAAGAGAUCAAGGCAAAGUUGUUUGGUCAUGGGAGAACAACUGACUUGUCCCAGGGUUUACAGAGUCCACAGGGAAUAGGAUGCAAGCCAGAAGCUGUGUGUAGUCACAUUAUUAUUGAGAGCCAUGAAAAAGGAUGUUUCAGGACUCUAACUACACAGCAACCACAAUUGGACAGUCAUCCUUGCGUCUUCAGAUCUGAUGAACCUGAAGAAAUAAUCAGAGAACAGCAGGGCCCAUUGUCUUGGAGAGCCAGGCAUAUCAACCUUUCUAAAUCACUAGAGCAGAACAAUCCCCGUUUCAAAGUCUGGAAUUCCUUGCAGUUACAAAGUCGUUCCCCAUUUCAAAACUUUACAGCUGAUAACUUCAAGGUUAACAAGAAUCUUCGAGUGCCAUUUCGUGAAAAGAUGGACCCUUGGUUGUCAGAAUUUGUAGAACCUGUUUGUGUGCUACCUGAGGGAACAGAUUUUCAUUCUUCUUCACAAAUGCUGCAUCCAGAACCCAUGAAAAAUUUUACUACUUCUAUCACUUUUUCAUCUCACCGACAUUCUAACUGCAUUUCAGAUGCCUCUGUUUUUAAGGUUGGUGUUACUGAAGGUAGUACUGGAGCAUCUGUGGGACAAUUUAAUUCUCAUUUCCCUGAUGAACAAAACUGUCUUAGAGAUGAAACCCAGAAAACUUCUUCCCCUUUAUCAUUUAAAAUCUGUAGUCAUUCACCAGAUAAAGAUCUGCCUAUUUUAGCAGAGAGCAGUAGGCAAAGCCAAAAAUUACCUGUCGAUUUUGAGCAUUCUCACCAAGAAGAAAAACUCUUACCAGAUUUUAAAGUCAGUCAUUCUGAGCCCAGUUCCAGUGCAAAUCACAACAAUUUCACGGGCAGACUGAGUUCCACACUAGAAGUAAAAGAGAAGAAUGUAACUCCAAAUGUUCCUUCACUCAUUUUUCUUGAACAACGCAAACUCUUUGAACAAAGCAAAGCCCCACAUGCAGAUCAACACAUAAGAAAACACCAUUCUCCCCCUCCUCAGCAUCAAGAUUAUGGACCUCCAAAUCUUCCUUCUCGCAUUUUUCUUGAACAGCGCGAGCUUUUUGAUAAAAGCAAAGUCUCACAUGUACAUUAUCAGAUGAGAGAAAACCAGUCUCCCAUUCCUCAAGCUCAGGAUUGUAUAACUUUAGACCUUCCUUCUGAGAUUUUCCUUGAACAACGCAAACUCUUGGAACAAUGCAAAUAUCCACUUAUAGAUCACCUCGUGGGAAAAGACCAUUCCCCCUUUCUUCAAGAUCAGGAAUGUGUAGUAGAAAAGGAUAAUCAGGAUAUGCCUAAAUCACACGUUUUCGAUAGGGUAAAUGUUGAAGACAAGUGUAGUAACAUGCUCUCCCAGUCACUCCCAAAUCACUGUACUCCACCUUCAAAUAGAAAAGCACUUUCUUGUGUUCGUAUAACUCUUUCUCCCAAGACUCCUUGCAAGUUGGAUAGUGGAACCUUAGAUAAAAGAUUACAAUCAUUGGCUCCUGUUUGUAAAUCUAGGACAAAUAGAGAGUUUAAUUCUGAACUACAGACCACAUCUUUCGGAUCAUUGGAACCAACCUCAGAAUCUAAAUCUUCACUAGACUUCCAAGUUGUACAUUUUCCUCUUACCCAGGAUUUGAAAACCAAACCUCCUCAGAAUUGCCAGAUACUGACCUCAAGGCAAACACAAGUGAGCAUUUCAGAUUUGGAAGGAUAUUUCAAUCCAGAGAGGACUUCAGUAUCUGCAGAUCGACCACCAGAGGAGAUUAAGACCCCAUUUGGAAAAUUAUCAUCAGAUGCUGUCACUCAGAUAACAACAGAAAGUCCAGAGAAGACCUCAUUUUCAUCUGAGAUUUUUAUUAAUGUUGAUGAUCGUGGACAUAAAAUUCCAGAAUCCCAUCCCCAGCAGGUAUACAAAGUUCCUAUCAAGCUUGGAUCACCGUCUUCAGUCCAACAGAUUACAGCUUCUCGUGACAAAGAAGCGCAUCCUUCAUUGUUGCCAUAUAAGCCUUCUGGAAGUUCAAAGAUGUACUAUGUUCCACAAUUGGAAAAUAUUCCUCACUUUCCAGAUUCCAAGUCAGACACCACUCUUGAGAGCUCUCACUCAGGAUCCAAUGAUGCCAUUGCUCCAGACUUCCCAAGUCAAGUGCUAGGCACAAGGGAUGAUGACUUCUCAGACAGUGUUAGUAUUAAACAUAAAGAAGGGAUCUACAGUAAGAGGGCAGUGACUAAGCCAUCUUGGUCAGUGGGGGAAAAACCCUUUCAUAAAGACACUGCAGUUCAAGUGUCCAUCACUGAGGAUGAGAACCUCUCAGACAAAAAAUUUAAAGAAGAGACUAAACCUACCCCACCUGAAGAGAAAGAAUCCUUACAGAAAGACAGUGCAGGUUCCAGUGCUAAAAAUUUACCAGACACCAAAGCCAUUAAACAGAAAGAGGAGAUCCAUAGUAAGAGGAUAGUUCCUAAGACAGCAUGGACAGAAGAAAAAGAAUCCUUGCAGAUAGAUACUGCAGAAUCUAGAUGUCAUUCAGAAUUUGAAAAUACUACCCAUUCUGUCUUCAGGUCAGCCCAGUUUUACUUUCAUCAUCCAGUGCACCUACCAAGUGAUCAAGAUUUUUGUCAUGAGUCAUUGGGAAGGGGUGUUUUCAUGAGGCAUUCUUGGAAAGAUUUCUUUCAGCAUCACCCAGACAAGCAUAAAGAACUGUCUUGCCUUUCUCCUCCUUAUCAAAGUGUGGACAAAACUAAGAUGGAUUAUACCAGGAUAGAGAGCCUCCGCAUCAAUGUAAAUUUGGGAAACAAAGAAGUGAUGCAUACUGCUAAAAGUCAGCCUAGAGAUCACCUGAAAUAUAACAGAGAAAUCACUGAUCUGAAAAGGGAUUAUAAGGUCACCCCGGGGUCAACAACUCAGGGCACUGCGAGUUUGAAUGAACUCUGGAACAGGUAUCAGGAACAACAGAGACAACAGAAACCUGAGUUUGGUGACAAGAAAGAACUCUCCUUGGUGGAGCGACUUGAUCGAUUGGCUAAACUUCUUCAGAAUCCCAUCACACAUUCUCUCCAGGCCUCUGAAAGUACACAUGAUGAUAGCAGAGAGGAGCAAGUUGUUCAGGAAUGGAACAGUAGACAGCAACAGCAGAAAAACAAACUUCAGAAAAAGAAGAGGUAUAAAGGCCUAGAGAAAUGCCACAGAAACAUGGAAGAUCUUAAAAAAGGCGACAUACUGUCUACUCAUCAAGCUGGGGGACCAAAUCAGAUUAAAUUUGAGCAUAUUAAAUUUAAUAAGUAUAUCCUGAGAAAACAGCCAGGUUUUAAUUAUUUAAGUAACACUUCUUCAUAUUCUUGCCCUUCAGAGGAGAGUGAGCUGCUCACAGAUACUGCUACCAACAUCUUUUCCACCACUACUUCUCCUGUGGAAUCAGAGGGUCUGACCCAAACAGAUAAAGAGGUGGCCUUGCAUGAGAGGAGCAGCUCCAUUUCCACCAUUGACACUGCCCGAUUGAUUCAAGCUUUUGGCCAUGAAAGAGUAUGUUUGUCACCUAGGCAAAUUAAAUUAUAUAGCAGUAUCACCAACCAACAAAGGAGAUGCCUUGAGAAGCGGUGCAAGCUGAGCAAGAAAGCAGUGAACACAGGUCAUUUCCAUAUGACUGCUGAGCACACCAGAAGGAAAAACAUCCAGGUGGGAAAACAUAUGAUUUCUUCUGACUCUGUUUCAUCUUCUGCUAGUAGUUUCUGGAGCUCGAGCCCUACCCUUUGCAGCAAGCAGAAUGUACAGAUGUUAAACAAGGGUGUCCAAGCGGGUAACUUGGAGAUUGUCAGUGGUGUCAGAAAACACACCCGAGAUGUUGGGAUGACUUUCCCAACUCCAAGUUCCAGCGAGACUAGAUUAGAAGAGGACAGUGAUGCGAGUUCUUCUCUGUCAGAAGGAAAAAAUGAAGAGAAAAGGUUCCUUGCCACUUACCCCUUGGACAAAAAGUUAAGGAAGAGCAAGCCAAAUCUCUGUGAAGGAAUGUCAUGGUUUAUUCCCAUUGAAAAUUUGAAGUCUGGACCUAAGAAGGAAAAUUUCCCCAAAUCUUAUGGCCCUGGUAUCUCUUGGUUUGAGCCAAUAACAAACACCAAACCCUGGAGAGAGCCACUGAGGGAAAAAAACUGGCAAGGACAGCAAAUGGACUGUCAGGUGUGCCUAGCAGACCCAUGCAGAGGGGAAUGCAUGCACCCACUGAGGCCAUUUGUGAGAGCAACCCUACAGGAAUCGCUUCACCUUCACAGACCUGACUUCAUCUCUCGCUCUGGGGAGCGGAUAAAGCGCCUGAGGUUGAUAGUCCAGGAGAGGAAGCUGCAGAACAUGUUGCAGAGUGAGCGGGACGCGCUGUUCGACACCGGGAGAGAUGGGCAGCGCUGCCAGGAUCACACGUGCCCACUGCCUAGGCAAGGCUUCCUAGCUGCCCAGAAGAACAGAGCUAUUGGAAAGAAGGAAAUGAUUCAGAGAUCUAAGCGGAUUUAUGAGCAGCUUCCAGAAGUUCAGAAAAGGAAACAAGAAGAGAAGAGGAGAUCAGAAUAUAAGUCAUAUCGGCUGCGAGCCCAGCUAUACAAGAAGAAAGUAACCAAUCGACUCUUGGGGAGAAAAGUCCCCUGGGACUGA